CGAAUUGCUUUAUCAUGGAUGAUUCAAAAGGAGACUUCCGGCAUGAACUGUUUGGGAGGAAUUCUUGCAGAUGAUCAGGGAUUAGGAAAGACAGUAUCAACAAUUGCUCUCAUACUUAAGGAAAGACGUCCAUCUUUUAAAGCAGAUCAGCAAGUUGUUAAAAAAGAAGAGUUUGAAACUUUAGAUUUGGAUGAUGACGAUGAUGAGGUUAUUGAGGUUGGCGGAAUGACAAAAAAUGCUGAAAAUUGUCAACAUAUGUCAAAUCAAAGUUCAAAAACGAGCCCCGAUAAUGUUGGGCAGUCUAUGGGAAGGCCUGCUGCGGGAACUCUUGUUGUUUGUCCCACAAGUGUCUUACGGCAGUGGGCUGAGGAGUUGCAUAAGAAGGUAACCCAUAAAGCUAAUCUCUCUGUCCUGGUAUACCAUGGAAGUAAUCGAACAAAGGAUCCUUGUGAGCUAGCAAAGUACGAUGUUGUUCUAACAACAUAUUCAAUUGUUAGCAUGGAGGUCCCAAAGCUGCCUGUUGUUGAUGAAGGUGAUGAUGAGAAAGGAAAAGGAGAAGGCGAUAAUGUUGCAUCCUUGGGGCUUUCAUCUGGUAAGAAAAGAAAAUAUCCGCCCAGUUCUGGCAAAAAGGGUUCUAGGAAUAAGAAACAAAUGGAUGCUGCAUUACUUGAGUCUGUUGCUCGACCUCUUGCAAAGGUGGGAUGGUUUAGGGUUGUCCUGGAUGAGGCCCAGAGCAUCAAGAAUCACAGAACUCAAGUAGCUAGGGCCUGUUGGAAUCUUCGUGCAAAGCGAAGGUGGUGCUUGUCUGGCACUCCUAUCCAGAAUGCAAUAGAUGAUCUUUAUAGCUACUUCAGAUUCCUCAGAUACAAUCCUUAUGAGGUCUACACUUCAUUCUGCUCUACAUUAAAGAUUCCAAUUCAAAGGAAUCCUACAAAGGGGUACAAAAAGUUGCAAGCUGUUCUGAAAACAGUAAUGCUUCGUCGCACCAAAGCAACACAAAUUGAUGGCGAACCAAUUAUUACCUUACCGCCCAAAGUAGUGCAACUGAAAAAAGUGGAUUUCUCAGAUGAAGAGCGUGAUUUCUACACAAGAUUAGAGGCUGAUUCGCGUGCUCAGUUCAAUGAAUAUGCAGCUGCUGGAACUGUCAAACAAAAUUAUGUCAACAUCUUGUUAAUGCUGUUGCGUCUGCGUCAAGCUUGUGAUCAUCCUCUUCUUGUUAGGGGCUAUGAUACAAGUUACCUGGGGAGAUCCUCAAUUGAGAUGGCUAAAAAACUUCCCAGGGACAAACAAAAAUGCCUUUUGAAUUGCCUAGAAGCAUCUUUGGCAAUCUGUGGCAUCUGCAAUGAUCCACCAGAAGAUGCCGUUGUUUCGAUCUGUGGUCAUGUUUUCUGCAACCAAUGCAUAUGUGAACAUCUUACUGGUGAUGACAACCUAUGCCCCACCUCAAAAUGCAAAGUUCGAUUGAAUAGUUCUUCAGUGUUUUCCAAAUCCACAUUAAACAGUUCUCUCUCUGACCAGCCUGCUGUAGAUGGGUUUGGCUCUGAAAUUGUUGAUGCAGUUAACCCUUACUCUGAGAUUCCACCAUAUGAUUCUUCAAAAAUCAGAGCCGCUCUUGAAGUCCUGCAGUCACUGACUAAACCACAGGAUUGCUCAUCCACAAAUGGUUCCUUAGAUAAAUUUUCUGAUGGAGCUGCUACUUCUCCUGAAAACUUGUGUAGUUCUGGGAUUUCAGUAGAUGAUAAUACUGAUGAAGGAUUUUUAUCUCUGGACAAAAAUGUUCAGGAUUCAGUUAAGCAGGUCGGCGAGAAAGCCAUAGUAUUUUCCCAGUGGACAAGGAUGUUAGAUUUGCUUGAAGCUUGUCUUAAAAAUUCUUCUAUUCAGUACAGAAGACUUGAUGGAACAAUGUCAGUUGUUGCCAGAGAUAAAGCAGUGAAGGAUUUCAAUACACUCCCAGAGGUAUCAGUUAUGAUUAUGUCUUUGAAAGCUGCUAGUCUAGGACUAAACAUGGUUGCAGCUUGCCGUGUGCUGCUUCUGGACCUCUGGUGGAAUCCCACUACUGAAGACCAGGCAAUUGAUAGAGCACAUCGAAUAGGACAGACACGCCCUGUUACUGUUUUGCGUUUAACAGUGAAAGAUACCGUUGAAGAUCGUAUUUUAGCUCUACAGCAAAAAAAGAGGGAGAUGGUUGCAUCUGCAUUUGGAGAGGAUGAAACUGGUGGUCGUCAGACUCGCUUAACAGUAGACGACUUAAAGUACCUUUUUAUGGUGUGAAGAUGGAGAUAAUAAUAUUUAGAAGACAUUUUUUUGCCGGACUCAGAUACAUCAUCUAUAGGUCCCAGCCAGCAAAGAUAUAUAGGUAGAUAUUCUUAGCUGCUUGCUGCUGCAGCUCUAUCAUUAAAUUGAACCAUAGCCUGACUAGUUUCAACAUUCAUACCUCAGAAGUUUUUUUUCCUGACGAGAAAAUACAUGCAUAGGUGUUAUUUGAAGAUGAUCCAUUUUUUAUCCAUUUUUUGGCAGCUCUAACAAUUGAUCUCCUCGUUUGUCUCCAUAGUUGAAAUAGAGUCUUACAGCUAGUAUAGAUAGAGUUUGAUAGGUACAUAUGUAACUUUUCUUUUUACAAAAUUUUCCCCAAGUGUAAAUGAAAGGGGUAUUUCCUUUUGAUUAAAUUGUUAUAUUGUUUCUCGUUGUACAGGGAUUAUGAUUUCCAUAUGUUUUUGACUGUAGUGGUCAAAAGACCAAAUAUUGUGCUGAUGAAAGUAUUUUUCUCUAUUUAUUUUUGGUUUUUCGAUU